CCUCAGACUACACGCUUAGAGUUCGAGGAAGGAGAAUAUGUAGUUCGCAGGCGAUAUAAUGACUUCAUUUGGUUGCGUCAGAAAUUAGUGGACACUUAUCCAACACACAUUAUACCACCAAUGCCAGGCAAGCAUACAUUACUCGCUCAACUCGACCGUUAUUCCAAGGAAUUUAUCAUAGCACGUAUGAAACUUUUGCAUAUAUUCCUUAACAGAGUCGUAAAUCAUCCUAUUCUGAGUUGUGACAAGAAUCUCCAUAUUUUUCUCACAACAAAACCUACGGAAUUUCUCAUUCAUCGUAAAAAUCGCGGAAAUAUGCUCGAAAAAGUGACAGAUUCUUUACAAAACAUAGCAAGUACUUAUACGAUGAAGCAACGUCACUUGGAGUUCGAGCAGAUUCGCGACUACUGUACAGCGUUGGGUGAAAAGCUGUCGACCAUAGAUAAGAUCAAUCAUCGCAUACAUAAAGAAAGGCAAGAUUAUUUAUUGGAACUUCAUCAACUACAUCCCAUAUUCACACUGUGGUCAACUUCAGAACCGGAACUUGCACCCAUUUUAUUAGCGAUCGCUAAAGCGAUAGAAGCGAACGCAAUGGCCCAUAAGAAACUUCUGGAAAAUGUUCCUAACGAUGAACGCGAGUAUGUUUCAUACAUUGAAGCGGUCAAGAGUGCAUUAUCCCGCCGUGAUUCGAUGCAGAUUGAAUACGAGAUAACAAUCGAUGUAUUGGCGAAAAGAAGAUUAGAAAAGGAUCAGUUGAUAGGAAAUACGAGCUACACAAUUCCGGCGCAAGGCUGGGGUGGAUCUCUAUGGAAAGCAGAAUCUCGCGAUGAAAAAUUGGAAAGACUCGGUCAAACUAUCCCACGAUUAGCCAAACAAGCGGAGAUACUACAGGAUCGCGUGGAGUGCGCGAAUGAGAAUCUACGAAGCGAUUUUCAGAGGUGGAACGUGGAAAAGCAACAGGAUCUGAAGAACAUGCUGAUCACAAUGGCGGACCGACAUAUCAGACAUUAUCAACAGUGCAUGAACGCGUGGGAGGAAAUUCUUACCGGUCUUAAGUUGGACGGAAUCGGAUCUGACGUUAACGUAGGGCCGUCUGUUAAGAUACCAGUUUGAACUGCUAGUCCUUUGGCCACUC